AGUCCUACGGUCCGCCGCUUCAUUUGUUAUAGGGGAGAUGGUCAGGCUCUACUCGUCGCAUAUUCAUGGGCGGCAUUCGUGAUCCAGUUGGACUCUAUAAAACCUGUCAUGCACGAGGUUUCAAUGUUGAACGAUUAUUCCCAGUGUUAUUCUCUUGACUUUACCUCUUCGAUCGCGACGAAGCCAUGGUAGUAUCGGCUACGACAACGAAUAAUGCGGUAUCAGAUGGCGUCGACUUGAAGUGGCUGGACGGGAAGGCUCCUAGCACCACCAUCACUGGGACUUCCUUCGGCGUCCCUUGGCCUCAAGGCUCCGUGGAUAGGACAACUUCAAUCGCCAUAAACUCUCCGGACGGUACAGGUAUACCUGUUCAGACAUGGCCGCUAGCAUACUGGCCGGAUGGAAGCCUGAAGUGGACUGGUCAUGCCUUGGCGGCGAGUGAAAACUUAACAGACACAUUCCAUCUAUCAGUCGACACUCCCACGGAGCCCACUUCGCCAGUCGAUGUGACACAAACUUCCGACCAGAUUACGGUCACCACUGGGUCUUUCACAGCGGUAUUCAAUACCUCCGGCACUACCAUCAUCGACAGUCUUUCCCUGGGCGGCAGCACGAAGGCACAAGCAGGGCAGCUCAUUGUACACGUCCAGAAUGGGCCUGACGAGCCGGAAACUGAAGGUUCACGUCCUUCGGUCGUCGCAACAACGGGGACUAUCGAGACUGUGACUGUAGAGCAGGAUGGCCCCGUAAGAGCCAUGAUCAAGGUCACUGGGAAGUAUGAGGGCGGUGGUCAUGCCGCGUUUUUACCAUUCACGGUCAGGUUCUACAUUUCGGCUGGGGCCACAGCGGUACGGCUGGUACAUUUUUUCAUCUAUGACGGAGAUCAGUUCAACGACUUCAUCAAAGGAAUAGGUCUCACAUUCUCCACACCGCUGUCCGACGAGCUCUACAACCGCCACGUCCGUUUCGUUACCUCCACCGGCGGUAUCUGGGGCGAACCCGUUCGCGUCCUCUCCGGCUUACGUCGCGAUGCCACCGCCGCUGUUCUUACCCCACAAUUCGAAGGACUGGCCACACCCGACAUUUCCACCUGGCCAACAACCGUUUCUUCCGGUGUUGACGACCUUCCCAUCUGGAACGAUUUUAGGUUGGAUCAACUCUCGCCCACGAGGUGGACUGUUGCGAAACGGACAGUAGCAGGAAGUGCUGCGAGUUGGCUGAAGAGUGCUGGGUUUGGAGAGAAGGCGGCCGGUGUGGGAUAUAUCGGAGGUGCGACUAGUGGUGGAGUUACGUUUGCGGCGAGAAACUUUUGGGAGGGGGCACCGAGAGGGUUGGAUAUUAGGGGUGCAGGGGGCGACGCUGCAGCAGUGACAAUUUGGGCUUAUAGCCCCAGGGCGGAGGCCAUGGACAUGAGACACUACGACACUACCGCACACGGCCUCGAUUUGACCUACGAGGAUGUCGGCGAUCCUGAUCCAAAUCCCAUCGGAGUAGGCAGAUCAUAUGAGUUCACACUUCAAGUAGAGUCUGCAACUCCAUCCCGUGAUACGCUGGCUGAUUUUGCCUCGGUCAUCACGACUGUUCCACAAGUCGUGGCCUCUCCAGAGUUCUAUGUCUCUCGUCAUAUCUUCGGUGGACGAUGGAACGUUCCGGACACAUCGUCCUCUGGCCUCGCCACAAUCGAACAGCAAAAGUCGGACCUGCUCGAUUUCUACGUCAAUGAAAUUGGCCAACGCCAGUUUUACGGCUUCUGGGACUACGGCGACUUCAUGCAUACCUAUGAUCAAACACGUCACACCUGGAGAUAUGAUGUCGGGGGCUACGCCUGGGACAAUGGGGAACUAGGUAGCGACCUGUGGAUAUGGAUGUCGUUCCUUCGGACUGGGCGUGCGGAUAUUUUCCGGAUGGCGUAUGCGUUGACGCGCCAUCUUUCGGAGGUUGAUUUCCAUCAUAUUGGACCAUUCGCUGGCCUUGGAUCUCGGCAUCACGUCACGCAUUGGGGCGAUGGUGCGAAGGAAGCUCGGGUCAGUAGUAGUACCAUCAAGCGGCCAUUCUACUAUUUAACUGCGGACGAGUUGGUCGGUGAUAUCAUGGAGUAUUCGCUACAAGCAGAUCAAACCCUUCUUCAAUGGGAGCCACUUCGUAAGGUUGCAGCUUUACCUCCUCAAGCUCCUAGCCGUGUCCGCAUCGGACCCGACUGGACGGCUUUAUCUGGAAAUUGGUUCACGCAAUGGGAGAGGACGAACGAUAGCAAGUGGAAGGAUAGAAUCGUUACCGGGAUGACCGACAUUGCGAACAUGAAAUUCGGCCUGUUCUCUGGCCCGCUAGGAGGCGCUGUUGGGUGGUUCCCGGAUACAGCCCACUUGUUGGACGAGGGCGGCGAAGGCGAGGAUGCGUACGAUCUAGCCUAUAUCUUCGGAGGUGGCGAGUUCUUCAUGGAGCUCGUGGAGACAAUCACGGAGGUGCCUGCAUUCGACUCAGCCUGGCUUGAUUUCUGCAAAUAUUACAACGCUUCGGAUGACGACCAAAUCGCAAAAUAUGGAAAGAAGCUGAGCGACAGGAGCUUCCCCCAGUGGUAUGCCAAAUUGACGGCCUACGCAGGUGAACGCCUGGGUGAUGACACCCUGAAACAACAAGCGUGGUCUAUUCUCAAUGCCAAUACUGUUGGUGUGUGGCCACCAGCAACCCAAGUCGGCGGAACCGAUGUUCCUGCCCCGGUUACGGAGAUAGCCAAUAUUGCGACGAACGACUCUUCAGCACUCUCCGUUUCUCAGUACGCCGUACUCGCUAUUGCGCCUGAACUUGCGCCUACCUCUUUCGUCGCCCUGGACUCGAUAUCGGAGUCUCUCGCUGAGACAUCCACCGUUGCGACAUCCACGCCGUCAUUGCCACUCGCUGAGAAAAGCCCAGAGAAAAUUGGCAAGGAAGGUGUGGAUCACCGCGUGAAAAGAAAUGGUGCUUGGAAGAGGUUGCUAUGCUUCAAGUAGUCAAUCGAGGCGUCGUCGUGUGUUGGACCCCGUAACACGUAUUCUGCUCUUGUUUAAUUAUUUGGCUGUAUAUUCAGUGAGCCGUGACAA